AAAUUAAAAUGGCAUCUGCAAAUUAACAGUUUUCUUUUUUCCAAGAUUAUGCUCUCAAGAAAAUACAAUUUGUAGUAGAUAAUAUUAGAUAUGAAUUUGAUAAUCAUAAAAUGUUAUGGUCAACAGAUGUAAUAGAAGAAGAUGAUAAUCCAGAUGAUGAAUUGAAUAAGGAACAAUUAAAAAAGAGAGGAAUUAAAUAAAUAGAAUUGAGAGAUCAAGUAAGAUAGAACGAACAUAAUAUUUCUAAAUUAGCAUAAGAGAUUUAAUUACUUAAUGAUAAUAUAAAUAAAUAUUAAGAAAAAUUAUAACACAGUUAAGCAGAAUAAAAUCAAUUAAUAGAUGAAUAUAUUCAUGAGCAUUUAGAGACUGAAAAAAUUAAAAAUGCUCGAGAAAGAUUGGAUAAACUAAAGCGUGAAUUAGGACUUUGA